AUGGCGGCGGAGGAGCGGGGGUGCGCGGCUGGGGCUGUGUCCGCCGCCGGCGCCGUGCUCGCCGCUACCCGCCUGCAGGCCUACGCCUGGUGCCGCGAGUUCCUCGCCGGCUCCUGGAAGCUCAUCGAGCCCGAGGAGUUCAGCAUCGAGCCUGUCAGCGGGGGGCUCAGCAACCUGCUCUUCAAGUGCGCGCUGCCGGAGCACAUCCUCAGCGUGGGGGACGAGCCCCGGCAGGUGCUGCUGCGCGUCUAUGGGGCCAUCCUGCAGGGCGUGGACUCACUGGUGCUGGAGAGCGUGAUGUUCGCCAUCCUCGCCGAGCGGGCGCUGGGGCCGCGCCUCUAUGGGGUCUUCCCCCAGGGGCGCCUGGAGCAGUACAUUCCGAGCCGGCGCCUGCGGACCCAGGACCUGCAGGACCCCGCCAUCUCCAAGGAGAUUGCGGUGAAGAUGUCCCGGUUCCACGGCAUGGUGAUGCCCUUCAACAAGGAGCCCAAGUGGCUGUUUGGGACCAUGGAGUGGUACCUGACGCAGAUUAUGGAGCUCACCUUCCCCGAGGAAGGACAGCUGAAGAAGUUCAACCACCUCAAGACUUACAACCUGCAGGAAGAGAUGAAGAGCCUCAGGGAGCUGCUGGAGUCCACCCCCUCGCCGGUUGUCUUCUGCCACAACGACGUCCAGGAAGGGAACAUCCUGCUGCUAGCCGGGCACGAGGCUUCCUCCUCUGACAAGCUCAUGCUCAUUGACUUUGAGUACAGCAGCUACAACUACCGGGGCUUCGACAUUGGCAACCACUUCUGUGAGUGGGUUUACAACUACACCCACGAUUCCUGGCCCUUCUUCAAGGCUUCCCCGGAGAACUACCCCAGCCGACAGCAGCAGCUGCAUUUCAUUCGGCACUACCUCUCGGAGGACUCGGGGCGACGCGGGGACACUACGCAUGAGGAGCAGGCUCGUAUCGAGGAGGAGAUGCUCACAGAGAUCAACCGGCAAAGAUCUCCACCAUCGAGUUCGGGUACCUGGACUAUGCACAGAGCCGCUUCGAUGCCUACUUCCAGCACAAGGCGCAGUGCUCCUGAAAGCGGCCGCUGCAGCCCUGCCUGCGCCCGCCUCGACUCCGCAGCCUCCCCCUGCCCACCCUGGCAGUGCCUGUGCCAUGGGGCAGGUCAGGGACGCGGUGUCCCCUCCCGCCUGGGCUGCCCCCCAUGUGGCGAAGGGGGCUGCUCCCCAGCCUGGGCUGCCCGGACGGGGCCUGUAAUGGUUGGGGGGGCCUGAUGUCUGCCCCAGAUGCCCCUAAAGUCUGGGGAAGGGGCGGGCAGGCCGGGGAGCUGGGUCUGCCCAGGCACGUGCCCCCUGGAAAAGGGGACAUCCUGGCACGUCCUGGGGCUGUCUUUGCUGCCGCUGCUGCAGCGAUGGCCCCCCGACAGUUGCCCCAGCCCUGCCUGACCGUGCCCCGUCUCUGCCUGUCCCUGUGGUGCUGCCUGCGGCUGCCCCCUCGCUGCCUCCAGCAUGUCCCCCGGUGGUGGCGUGUCCCUUCCCUCUGCGCUGCUGGCACUGAGCGGGGCUUGAGCUGUGCCUCCCGGCUGGGGGGAGCCCCCUGCCCUGGCCAGCACUGCGGGGGCUGCUGCAGCCCGGACCCGGGGGACCGGGUGGCUCGGCUGUCCUGGCUGCCCCUUGCACAGCCCUGCCUGGAGCUGCGGUCCUGCCUGCUGCGAGGGGUCCAGGCAGCGAUGCUGAGAGGUCCCAGGGUGCUGCAGGGGGCAGAGGGGUGUGAGGGACCUCCACUUCCAUCUCAUUCCCCCACACACCCUUUCCCCAACCUCUGGGGGCUGAGGCAGGACCCGCGAGCUGUUCCACCGGCCCCUGGGCUUCCCUGCGGCUCUCAGCUGCGUGGUGUCGCUGCUCGGCUGGGCUGGGGGCUGCUCCUUCCCUUCCCCACCCCCACCCCCCCGACAGCAGAAUGUAAAGUGUCCUCAGACCAAUAAACGCUGCGGUGGUGCACGGUG